CAUCCUAACCUCAAAGUUUCUGUGUGGUAUUCUGUAAAAUUAUUAUUUUAUCACAUAAAAUCCAGUUUUUCAACAAAAUGCGAUAUGUGUCUCAGAUAUUUCAGCCAGUGAUCACUAUACCGAAGAAUGCGAAGAUCAAAAAUACAGAAAUCACUUGCAAAAGUCAAAAACUGCUCUUAGAAUGUGGUCUAGUCCGUCCCACGAGCUCUGGUCUCUUCGCACUCCUGCCGUUAGCCCGCAGAGCCCUCGACAAGCUGGAGACCAUCGUCCGGCAGUGCGUAGAGGCAGCCGGUGCUCAGAGAGUGACGCUGCCUUCGCUCACCGCUGCCCACCUGUGGGAGAAGACGGGCCGGCUUGAGGAUGUUGGAUCUGAGCUGUUGACGGUUAAAGAUAGGCAUAAGAAGGAGUAUUUGUUGGCACCAACACAUGAGGAAGCGAUAGCUGACCUCCUGGCCGACGUGGGUCCUGUGUCGUACAAGCAGCUACCACUAGUUUUGUAUCAAAUUAGCAACAAAUACCGGGACGAGCAGCGGCCCAAGCACGGCCUCCUCCGCGCGCGUUCGUUCGCGAUGCUCGACGCGUACGCCGCGCACGCGAGCGCCGAAUGCUCGCGAGCGGUGUACGAGCGCAUGACGCGAGCGUAUAGUAGGCUGUUUGAGAGGCUGCAGCUGCCUGUCUAUAGAGUGUCAGCUCCAACCGGCGAUAUGGGCGGCUCUCUCUCCCACGAGUGGCAGGUCGCGGCGGCGGCGGGCGAGGACGCGAUACAUAUAUGUCCGUCCUGCUCGCACGCGGCCAUAGAUGAAGGGCCGUGUGCGCAGUGCGGGAGGGAGACGGAUAGAGUCAGCAGUAUUGAGGUGGGCCACACAUUCAUCCUGGGCACGAAGUACAGCGCCCCGCUUAAAGCCAGCUUCGUGCCCGCCGCCGGCGCCCCGCAGCCCCUUAUCAUGUCCUGCUAUGGGAUCGGAAUCACCAGGUUGCUUGCAGCGAGUUUAGAGGCGCUGUCGACUGAGACGAGCAUGCGUUGGCCGCGCGCCAUAGCGCCCUACAGCGCCGUCAUUAUUGGACCCAAAGAAGGCUCAAAAGAGUGGCAGUGCCACGGCGAGGAGCGCGUGCUAGAUCUAUGGCGGCGCGUGGCUCAAACACAAGAUACUGUUAUAGACGACCGGCACUCGCUCACGGUCGGGAAACGGCUCAUGAUGGCUGACAAACUAGGCUACCCAACGAUCAUAGUGUGCGGCAAGGCGGUCUUAGAGACGCCGCCGCGCUACGAGCUGCACUGUCUCUACCAGUCACGUGGGCCGCGGCUCGUCACUGUAGAGGAAUUAUUGGACGUCAUGAGGGAGGAAGAAUGUGUGGAGAACGGUUUAGAGGUGGCAACACUGACGAUCAUAGUGUGCGGCAAGGCGGUCUUAGAGACUCCGCCGCGCUACGAGCUGCACUGUCUCUACCAGUCACGCGGGCCGCGACUCGUCACUGUAGAGGAGUUGUUGGACGUCAUGCGCGAGGAAGAAUGUUUGGAGAACGGUUUAGAGGUGGCAACACUGACGAUCAUGGUGUGCGCCAAGGCGGUCUUAGAGACUCCGUCGCGCUACGAGCUGCACCGUCUCUACCAGUCACGCGGGCCGCGACUCGUCACUGUAGAGGAGUUAUUAGACGUCAUGAAAGAGGAAGAAUGCGUGGAGAACGUGUGCGGCAAGGCGGUCUUAGAGACGCCGCCGCGCUACGAACUGCACUGUCUCUACCAGUCACGCGGGCCGCGACUCGUCACUGUAGAGGAGUUAUUGGACGUUAUGAGGGAGGAAGAAUGUGUGGAGGACGGUUUAGAAGUGGCAACACUGACGAUCGUAGUGUGCGGCAAGGCGGUCUUAGAGAAACCGCCGCGCUACGAGCUGCACCGUCUCUACCAGUCACGCGGGCCGCGACUCGUCACUGUAGAGGAGUUACUGGACGUCAUGAAGGAGGAAGAAUGCGUGGAGAAUGGUUUAGAAGUUAAUAAAAUUGUUUAA